CGCACGUCUCUCUCCUUAUCCACUGUCUUUCCUUAUCCACUCCCACGGCCACACCACUUGUUUUGCUCGGCUCGAGAGUGAGGAGGACGAGCGCCGCGCUGCUCGCCGAUGCGAAGCUCUAGGAUGGCGCACUCCGGGUCCCCGCCGACCGGCUCAAGCGGGGUGAGUGGCCGCAGCGGCCGUCGAGGCCGCCUCCGUCUGCGUGCACCUCAACUGCUCAACCUGGCGGCCAUCAUCGAGUUUGGUGCACUCCGGGUCCGCGCUGACCUACUCAACGGGGCGACGUGGGCGGAGAGCGAGCGCCGCCUGCUUGCCCGCGCCGCCGCGGCGAGCGCGGACGUCGAGGCCGCCUCCGUCUGCGCGCACCUAGCCGCCGUCCAUGGCCACUGCUGUGGCUGCUCUAGUCGCUGGGUGCGGCUAUCACCUCCGAUGCGGCUGGGCGUCCUUGUCGCAGCCACAGCCGGGGGGCAGCGCACCCUAUGCCUGCAAGAUUGUGGAGGCGCACUACUCGAUGACGGGCGUGGCGGUCCUCCACAUCAUGUUUUGCUGCAAGGCUGCAGGGAGUCCAUGCUCGUCGUUGUUCGCCAGGUGAUGCCGCAGCCGCAGGUCGAGCUUGACCACCACGGUGGCGAACUGCAAAAGACAUUUGGAUCCUUUUCCACUGCAGAUGUGUACAAAGUCAUGGCGAUGCAAGAUGCCACACAGAUGUAUAAUGCAACGGAGUCUCCAACUCUCUCUUCUGUGAACCCUCUUGGCAGCUCGCUCAUCGUCUAUGCAAUUAGGCGGGUACAUAGAAGAUGAUUUCUUCAAUGAUUUUGUCAUCUCAACGCAUGUAGCAAGGCGUGUGCGAAGUAUUCUUGUUCAUCCUGGUGCGGCCUUAACGAGGACGGCGCCGGUGCAAAUAUGAGAUGAGGCGAAACUAGGUUGGGACGGUAACCACUGUAGACAUUCCAUUGUUGGUACUCCGACUGUGGAACCGUUGGCAGCUGGAUCAAAUGGUUCCAUUUUUCCUUUGCUAAAGCUGAACCUGAAUCGAUUCAGGUACUAGUACUACACACAGCAUCUCUAUUUUUCCUUUGCUCCUCGUUGCUUUUACGGCCAACUUCUUGGUUGAUUCUACAGCGUCCUGUUGAAUCUGACCUUUUCUGGCGCUGAUUGUUGGACCAUGUGGAUACGUGAACAUCAAAACGAAAAAACAUAUUUUACUGCUUUGAGACAAACUCAUCUUUAUGGCUUCAUGGUGCCCCGUAUCCUACCCAAUGUCUUGCAGCGUGGCCUAUCAAUAAGAUGCUCUCGACUUGAGUCGACUAAGAAAACUGUCCUAUAUGAUGCUCCGUCCUUUCUGAUUUACAGUUUUGCUA